CUCGAUCGGGCCUAGAUCAUUUAAAUAGCGAAACAGUGGCUACUAUUGACAUUGAUCAAUGGUUGAUCGACGCGCGCGCAGAUUGAGUUAAAUAUAGCAAAAGUGAAAAGUGAAGUUUUAGUUAAACAAAAUGGCAGUCUGGCACCUUCUAUCAAUAUUAUUUAUCACCCAGGCGUUAUGUGCUGAAGAUCAAUAUUUGCGGCGCGUCAAAGACAGCUGCCUCACACAAGGCGAGGCUUUAUCUUGUGUCAAAUAUAAAGCUUUGAAAAUUGCAAAGAAAACAUUAUUCGGGGAUAUGAACAGUAAUGAGACAAUAGUGGCCAAUGAGGUAAUAAGUUUCGUGCCUUUGACUGAUGUUAAUAACUUGAAUAUGACAGAAGAAGUGGACUUUCUUGAUGGAAGAAGAAGUAUUAUUUCGGAGUGGACAGAAAUUGCCAAGUACUUUAUGAGUUUGAUAAGAGAGUUCUUUAAGAUGAAGGGAUUAAGGGUCAACUUGCCACCUGGAUCGCGGACUAUUGAGGAGCCGGAAAUAAGCGAUGAUGGACGCGGUAAAAAAAAGAAGCUGGCGAUAAUGAUACCAUUCCUCAAUCUGAUGGCAACGUUGAAAACAAAAAUGUUGUUGAUCCCAAUUCUUCUCGGAGUUAUGCUGAUUAAGAAAUUGCUGUUGGUUGCUGCGUUGUUAUUGCCAAGUUUACUCAGCACGUUGAAGGCUUGCAAGCAACAUCAUCCAAUGACCCAUUACUCCUAUUUCGGCAGUGACUCGGCAGAUUACAACUCGGACUACUCUAACAGCUAUGCCUAUUCCGCUGGUGGAGGGUACGGCAAGGACUGGCCUUCAAAUAGAGCCUAUACAAUCUCAAAACAUAGGCCCACCCCAGCUCCAGUAUAUUACACUGCUCCAGGGAACGCACAAUAGAAAAAAAAAUUUUUAUUAUUCAAUUUUUUUCUUUCUUCUAGCUCUUAGUAAAACUCUUUAGAGAACCGGAAACAAUAUCCGUCACCCUAAGGCAAAAACAACUUAUCUUUGGUGACUUGCUUAUUUAUUUGAUAUAGGAAAAAAACAUUCGACAAUCACCGACCUUCAUGGUGUAUUUCCUGACAAGGAAAAACCUUAAGGAGGAUUUUAAAACUUGUCCCUUAUAAAAGUUUGUUAUUCCAGACGUCUUUGUUAUGACAAUUGGUUUUAAUAUUUUUGAUAUAUUUAGAAAUGCU